CUUCGCAGAAGGGGCAGUCCGCCGCAAAAUUCUUUGCGGACCAAGGAAAACAACGGACGCUGGCAGAAGAAUACUUAUACAGUUCGUCUCUCCCUUAAACCUUCCCCUCGCUCAUAGCUUGAAAGCCCCGGCGGCUUCGUCUCUCCCGUCAGCGCCUGAACUUCAUCUUCUUCACCUAUUCCAACCAGUUCAGGUUUUUGGAGAACAGGAAGGAUGUUGGACAUUAAUCUGUUUAGGGAAGAUAAGGGAAACAACCCGGAAAUCAUCCGGGAAUCGCAGCGCCGCCGAUUUGCCAGUGUUGAGAUUGUUGAUGAGAUUAUUGAGCUCGACAAGAAAUGGAGACAAUGUCAAUUCCAGCUCGAUAAUAUGAGAAAAGACUUCAAUAAAAUGAACAAGCAAGUUUACCAGCAUAAGAAGGACAAUCUAGAUGUAACUGAACUAAUGAAGAGCAUUGAGGAGCACAAGCAACAAAUGGCAGUAAAAGAGGAUGAGGUGCAGGCUGAUAAGAAGGCAUUGUAUGUGAAGCUUGAAACUGUUGGCAACCUUAUCCAUGAUUCAGUCCCUAUCAGCAAGGAUGAGGCAAAUAAUGCUGUUAUUAGGGUUUGGGGAGAGAAGCGCACAGAGCAGAAGUUGAAAAAUCAUGUUGACCUCGUUGAACUUCUUGGGAUUGCUGACACAAAGAAAGGUGCUUUGGUGUGAUGGUGUUUUAAUUAGUUCGUUUUGUAAUUAUGUAUGCCUCCGUGCCUCAUUGAUUAUUCUUGUUUUCGAUUGUUAAGUAUUGUCAUUCCAUUUUCUGCUCAUUGAAUUUCGGUCAUCCUGUAGCAUGUAUCCCUUUUUUGGUUUCAUAUCCGUCUUUAAUUUGUAUCUUCCAACCUGAAUUAAGGUGCUCAAUGUGAUGUUAUGCAUUUAUUCAUUUCUACUUUCUAGAAUCAGUCCUUGAAUUUAUUAUUGAAAUUCAAGUUGCUUUGGCCUUCUUGAGCAUGUUUGUUUGUUAGUUAUGUUCUUUUUAAAAUGAUCAGGAGCCAACAUAGCUGGAGGUCGAGGCUUCUACCUAAAAGGUGAUGGUGUACGUUUAAACCAGGCGCUGAUUAAUUAUGGCUUAGAUUUCUUGGAUAAGAGAGGGUACACAGCAUUGCAGACUCCAUUUUUCAUGAGAAAGGAAGUCAUGGCAAAGUGCGCUCAGUUAGCUCAGUUUGAUGAAGAACUGUACAAGGUGACUGGAGAGGGUGACGAUAAGUAUUUAAUUGCUACUGCUGAACAACCAUUAUGUGCGUAUCACAUAGAUGAUUGGAUUCAGCCCACUGACCUACCAAUCAGAUAUGCUGGAUACUCAUCAUGUUUCCGGAAAGAAGCCGGUUCCCAUGGCCGAGAUACUUUAGGAAUUUUCCGAGUUCAUCAGUUUGAGAAAGUGGAGCAGUUCUGUGUUACUAGCCCCAAUGGAACUGACUCAUGGGACAUGCAUGAGGAAAUGAUCAAGAAUUCUGAGGACUUCUACAAAUCGCUGAACUUACCGUAUCAAGUAAUUGCAAUAGUUUCUGGAGCCUUGAAUGAUGCUGCUGCUAAGAAGUACGAUCUCGAAGCAUGGUUUCCUGCUUCAAAAACAUACAGGGAGUUGGUGUCGUGUUCGAAUUGUACCGAUUACCAAUCAAGGAGAUUGGAAAUCCGAUACGGGCAGAAAAAGGGAAAUGAGGCAGCGAAGCAAUAUGUUCACCUGUUGAACUCGACCCUGACGGCUACCGAGAGGACACUAUGCUGCAUCCUGGAGAAUUACCAGAAGGAAGACGGGGUUGAGGUCCCAGAAGUUCUGAGACCUUACCUGGGCGGAAAGUCAUUUAUUCCUUUCCAAACCAAGGGGAAGAAACCCACCAAGUAGAGACUUACAUUGUCACUUUGAUGAAGUGCACUAAGAAACCCCGCUUAAUCUAUUUUGAUGUCAAAUCUUUUUUGGGAUUUAUCACCUUAAUUUGAUGCAUUCGAAUAGCGCAUGGAGCUGUUGUAUUGCCCGCAUAUUUUGAAUACAAUUCAACUAGUGCUUGAACUGUCUUCUUCCUAUUGGUGGAUCAUGUGCAUUGUGCAAGGCUAUUGAAAUCUGACCUUUUAGUUUUGCCUGGAAUGCAUAUCUCCGCGCGGAGCUGUUGUCUCGCCCACUUGUUUAAGCUAUGCCGGCCAUUAGGCUAUCCACAACCCGAGCCAA